CUUGAGAUGAUAUUGAAGCCUUGGCUUCAACAUGUCUAACACUAGUAAACAGUAAACUUUGUUUGCAUUUGGCAGUGAUUAAUGAAUGUUGGGCAUUGACAGUGGAGCAACUGUUUAAACAGUCACUGUUAUAUUGGUAGCAGAUGCUCCUGCUUGCAUCAUUCUAUGUUAUUUUAAUUAUCUCAUAACAGAAAAUAUUCAAUCUCAGGAAGAAGUCUGUGUGUACAUAAACACACUCCAUUGUUCAAAUCACACAGGUGGCCAAAGAAAACAAAUUGCUUGCAUGAAAGCAACUGCCUAUUACUUUGUCACUUCAAACUGCACAAAGCUUUGGAUUUUGGCAUCAAUAGGAACAGUCUGAGUUAUUUAGUGGAAAACUUAACUAUUUCUUUCUUUGCAGUGAGCAGAAAACAGAACUGACUGCUCCCUUGCUUUGUAGUGUUUACUGUGAUCUACGUCUUAGUUUAUUGACAUCAGUGUAAAACGGCUUGUAAAUGUAACACCAAGUGAAAGUGUGAAACAUACAUCUGCCUAAAGCAGGGUUGUUUGACGCCUCAAACUCUUUGGCUUCCUUGUUUAUACUAACUAUUGCAAAUGUUUGUUAAAUGAAUACUGAGUUAAACUCUGCUCAGAAGCCCCACCAAGUGGACAAAAUAUUUACUACUCCGUCUUUUGUGAAGAAGUCAAAAUCUAUUUUCUUACAGGAUAAGUGUUUUUACCCUUUCACUUCUUCAUAUUUUGUCAUGUUACAUUUGCAAGCUUCUAGGAAAUUUUGUUACAGGCCCACACAAUGUGUUGUGUAAUACUAAAAUGGAAGAAACAUUACACAUCGUAGCUGCAAUGGAUUAGAAAUGCAUGUCAAACUGUGCAGAUUUUUUUUAAUGAAUUUUUUUUUACAUGUAUUUACAUAAUCAAACCUGCAGAUAUAAAUAACUCUGACUUAUAGCAGAAUGUUUUGUCAUCUUUUUUGGUGAGAGGACAAAGCCUUUCUUAAAAUGUCCUUUUUUUCCAGGCUUGAGUUUCAUAUCUGUGGCAAGACGAGAGUCAAGCGAAGAACUGGGUGAGACGAUGGUCUGGAUUGUUUGGCUGUGUGAUUUGGGUCAGUCAAGCCUCUAAAUAAUCACUGAUUCAGUUAGAAGUUCAGACAAUAGAAAAAAUGUGUAGUAUCAGGAAUUUCCAACUGAUUUCACAGUUAUUUCUUGCAUGCACCAGCAAAGGUGUUAGUGAACUCGAACAUAUCAGCCAUCUAACCACAAAGUUUCCAUUUGAACUGGUUCACAGGUUGACUACAAAAGGUGGUGCUGAAAAACCAUUUGCUUUAUUCCUUCCUUCUCUGCUAUCAUGAUACAUACAGGCGCCAUCAUUUGCAUCCUUCUGCUGGUCCCCCUCCCAGAAUUUCUCCAUUUGUCAGGUACCUCUGGGAGCAGCAUAGUUGGAGGCAAAGUUUCCAAGCCCCACUCCAAACCUUACAUGGCGUCUCUCCAGUACCAAGAAAAACAUUCAUGUGGUGGGAUACUUAUUCGGAAGGAUUUUGUCCUAACUGCAGCACACUGCCAAGGUCAAGGUGACAUGACGGUGGUUCUUGGAGCACAUGAUCUCAGAAAGAAGGAGAAAAGUCAGCAAAGGAUCAAAGUGGCAAAGUUCUGUCCACAUUCAAGCUUCAGUGGAAAAUUUGAUUUUGACAUCAUGCUGCUUAGGUUACAAAAUAAUGCCACAAAGAAUAAGUACGUGAAGCCUCUGGACCUGCCCAAGAAAGCCAAAAGCAUCUCUGACAAACUCAAAUGUCUUGUUGCUGGCUGGGGAAAAACUGGACCCAGUGAGCCUGAUUCGAAGGUUCUGAAAGAAGGGAAAGAAAGGACUCUGCCCAUCACUAACUGUGAAAAAAUUUGGGGAGACCAUUUCAAAUCACAGCAAAUGAUUUGCACCACAUUUAACAAGAAGGAUGGAGGAAUAUGUCAGGGUGAUUCUGGUGGACCUCUAAUUUGCAAAAAAAAGCUGCAAGGCAUAACUGCUUUUACUGCUAGCGGUCAAUGUGAUAAUACACUGUAUCCUCAUGUCUUCACGAACAUUAAUUACUUUUUACCGUGGAUCAAGAAAAUGAUGCAGACUAAAUCAUUAUGCUGAACAUGUCUUUACUUGUGCAUUGUUAAUGAAUUGUAGAAAAGAUAAUAGCAUGAAAAUGUUUUCAAUUGCCUGUAUUUUCUAAAUUUACAAUAAAAAAUACUACGCUUGUUAGUUAUACCUCUUUUCAUUAA